GCUAAAAUUUUUUCAAGAGAAAAAAAAGAGAGAAGAGAGAUUGAUUUCUAGUUAUAUAUAACUAAAGUUAUAAAGGACCAAAAUAUUUGCCCUCAACCAAGCCAGCCACCCGUGAGAUGUGGUAAGUAGUUGUAAGAGACGUGGAGUAUAAUUAGGUCUAAGAAGUACUCCAAAACUUUGGAUUUAUCCGAUUAACAAGUCAUUGCCGUGUUUGACCCCAUAACAAAAAAUGAACUACUAAUACUAACGAUAGAGAGAGAGAGAGAGAGAAAGAUUAUAAAGAUUUGGUAUUUCCUUUUUCUUUCUUGUACAAGUAGAAAACAAACUUUUUUCGGUAUUUCCAAUCGAGUUUCCUAUGUAGUAGUAGUAGUAUAUUUCCAAGUCAACUCCAACCAAAUUUGUUACCAGGACUCUUUGGAGUUUUUGAUUUUCUAACUUCUCAAUCAAUAAAUAUUGAAAUUGAAAUUUGAGAUUCAUAAAUCAUCACAAAUAGAGAUGAGCAGAGUUGAUAGUGGCGAGAUGAGAAAUGUAAAUAGCGCUUUGGACACUGUUAACGCCGCUGCUACGGCCAUAGCUUCUGCCAACUCUAGACUUCCACCUCCUUCUAUCCAGAAACGAAGGUGGAGUAAUUGUUGGAGCAUUUAUUCUUGUUUUGGUUCUCAAAAGGACAACAAACGCUUUGGGCAUGCUGUCCUUGUUCCUGAGCCAUUAACCACAGGAAUCGGCACUUCCACUGCACCUCCUGAAAUUGCUACUCAACCACCUAGCAUUAGGAUCCCUUUUGCUGCUCCUCCUUCAUCUCCUGCAUCUUUUCUUCCUUCAGAACCGCCAUCAGCUCUACAGUCUCCUGCUGGCUCUGUGGGUCUCAACUAUCGCUCCCCUAAUUUGUACUCCCCUGGUGGACCUCGUUCCAUUUUUGCUAUUGGUCCGUAUGCCCACGAGACCCAGUUAGUCACUCCUCCCGUCUUCUCUACCUACACUACUGAACCUUCUACUGCCCCUUUUACCCCACCUCCAGAGUCAGUUCAUUUAACUACCCCUUCCUCUCCGGAGGUGCCUUUUGCUCGGCUUCUUGAUCCCAUUAACAGUAAUGGCCAUGUGGGUGCACGGUUCACCCCUUCCCAAUAUGAUUUUCAAUCCUACCUUCUCUAUCCUGGAAGUCCUGUAGGCCCCCUAAUUUCACCCGGUUGUGUUGUCUCAGGUUCUGGCACAUCCUCACCUUUUCCUGACCCCUACUUUCCUGAUAUCCGAUAUGGUGUUCCUCAAAAGCUGCUAACCCUUGAAGUGGGGCCCAGGCAUGAAUAUGAUUCACGACACACAUCGGGUUCUGUAACUCCAGAAGCUAUUCAGCCCAUGUCUCAAGAGGUUGUUUUGAAUCGGGAAGGUUCCGUAGUUUCGCUGCUUCCAAACUUACCGGUCGGGCAUAGAAACAAUGAUCUUCUUUUUGAUCACCGAGUCUCCUUUGAACUGACAUCUGAGGAUGUGGUGAGGUGUGUGGAAAAGAAGCCCAUGGCAUUGCCUAAAGCACUGCAGAAUGCAGACAAUAGAGAUUACAUCACAAAUGACUUGCUUAAUGACAGUGCCAGUGCGAGAAGUUCUGAGAAAGGACAGUCAAACAUUGAAGAGGGGGUUCGACAUCAGAAGCAGCGUGCUGCCUCUCUUGGGUCGAUAAAGGAAUUCAAUUUUGACCAUGUAAAUGGGCUAGAUUCGGAUAAACCAUUUAUCAGUUCAAACUGGUGGGCUAAUGAGAAGGUAAUGGGGAAAGAAGACGAUCCCUGUAAAAACUGGUCGUUUUUCCCGGUGAUGCAGCCUGGUGUCAGCUAGCAAAUGUAAGUAUGUUAGAUGGUCCAGGCACAGUUUUUGAUGUUCUCACUUCUCUCAUACACAGAUAACAUGUAUGAAUACAAUAAAUUGUUGGUCCCCAACUGAAAAGUUUUCCGCUUUGAUGUGUUGGGAUGGCUUUUUUGGUUUGAUGCUGACCCGAUAUCUGAGGAGGAGCCAUAAUAAGUUGGCCCGUUCUGAAGUAGGUGAAAAUCUUAGUCUAUAGAGAUGUUAACGUUUCGUUAGAAAUAGGUAUAUGAACAUAAGGGUAUAUGUUUCUGUAGUAUUCCUAUUGACUAAUUGUAUCUCAGAAGAAACACUAACCCUUAGUUCAUACACUAAUCCUAGUCAUUUAGGCCGCUUUUGUCCUUAUGCAUUUUGUAAUGUAUAAAUACUCCUGUAUAAAGUAGUAUAACUACCAACUCAGCAAUACUAGACUAUUGCUAUUUGCUAAUGCAGGUUUCUCAAAACCUUCUUCGUUACCUA